AUACAAAAACGUAGCAUUGUUUGUUAUUUAAAUAAUUCACCUUGAAUCAUAGAUGUUUAUCAGCUCUAUGUAUAUUACAGAAGCUGUGUACAGGAAAAUACAUGCCUCCAUUCAGGCUGUCUCCGCUGAAAAACAUUGAUUUAGAUGAUCCACACCAUUUUUAUUUUGUGGCACACUAUACAUCAGUUUUAACCUUUGGUCUAAAUUUGUCCAUGUAGGCAUACACGCUUUCCAUAUCGCGCACCUAUCGCCAUCUAGUGGUUGAGCAGACAUAACUCCGGUUCUUGCGAAAAAUCGAAAGCGAAGGAACAAUGGACAUAAUCCAGGAUAAAAAAGUGCAACUUAUUGAAUGGCUAUCGGGAGAGGAACUGAUUAUCCAGCAUGUUCAUUCCCGGAAGCUGAUCACCAUGUCUGAAUACCUGAAGCUCAAAAGCAUCCAAGAUCCCAUUGCGAAAGUUACUGAACUCUUGGACAUCAUUUUGAAAAAAGGAGAUCCCUGUUGCAUCGGAUUUCUAGAGCUGCUGAAGAAAGACGAUGUGAAUGAAUCCAGACCGGCGCUCAAGGAGUGGAUAAGAACAGUAAAUACCUCAGCUCUCAAAGAUAAGAAAAAGGACAGCAACACCUCUCAAGCUGAUACUGCGGAAACUGCAGAUAAUCAGGAAUUUCUGAGGAAGAACCGGGGUAAACUUAUUGAUAAUGUAAAAACUGUUCAUAGAAUAGUUGAUGACCUUCACUUCACUAAUGAAAUGGCGGCAAACGUGCAAGCUGAGAAGACAGAGCAGGCCAAGAUGAGGAAAGUUCUGGAGUACACAAACAGCAAAAUAGCUGCUCAGCUUCUGGUAGCUGCCUUGUGGAAACAUGCAAAAGAUGUCAUGGAGGAACUGACCACGGCCUAACAGCUCAGUGCAGCAUUUAAAACUUCUUCAAUGAUGGUGCAGGGCAUGAAUUACAGACUAAAUACGUCCAGUUUUUAAAGAUAAUUUUGUAAGAUGUUAAUCACCCUUUGUCAUGCCACUGCAUUUCUCUAUUUUCAUAAUGCUUUACAGCCUUCCAUAAUCAUUCCAGAAUUAGUAGAAUAUAGUCUCCAUAAAAUUAAGUAUCAUGCCAAAUUUGUAAAUCGACUAACCAUAUUGGCUUCCAAAAAAAAAAAAAACGGGUAUUGCACAUAUUACAACAACUCAGUUUUUAUUACUGUUUUUACUGUACACUAUCACCUACAUUUGUUGUGCCUCUCCACUUUUUAUAUUUUCUUUGUCUUCCAUAAUCAUUCCAAUAUUUGUUCAAUACGCUCCACAUAAAAUUUCAGCUUAUGCUGUUUUUGUGUUUUCUAGAAUGACUAACCCAGUGACUGUGCUGUUUUAAAAAAUAUUAUGGGCAUUUUUUUUAAACAUUUUUAAAACCAUCCUCCCCACUCUUUUGUAUCUGCACCCUGAAUUGCAAAUGUAAAACAUUAAUCUAAUGCAUUCAUAAUUUGUAACUAUUGAUGCUUAUUUUAUAUCUGAAUAUACAUUAUAUGGUCAAAUAUUUGUGGACACCUGAACAUAACAAUAAUAAUAAUAAUAAUAAUAAUAAUAAUAAUAAUAAUAAUAAUGUUUAAUUAAUAUAGCGCCUUUCCAGAGCUCAAGGACGCUUUACAAUACAAUGAUGCAUAAACAAUGAACAAUCGUGGACACAAACACAAUGUGACAAACAAAGAGCAACCAAACACAAAAGAAAUACACAGUACAGUCACUGAGAAAAUGCAUUAUAACAGAUUAGGACAUAACACUGUGAAAACAGAUACGUUUUUAAUUGGGAUUUGGAUGGAUGGAGAUGGAUGUGAUGUUGCGAAAAGUGAGAGAAUUCCAGAUUUUAGGUGCUACAGCACUGAAAGACCUGUCACCCAUGGUUGAAAGACAAAAUCUAGGGACGGAGAAAGUCCGAACCCCGGAGGACCUGAGAACGCGGGUCAGGUUGUAGGGGAGAAGCAGUGCACUAAGAUAGAAUCACACCCAUAGGUGCUUGUUGAACAUCCUAUUCCAGAUUUAGUCCCCCUUGUUGUUAUAAUCGUGGCUGUGGGGAUUUGUGUUCAUUCAGCUACAAGAGCAUUAGCGAUGUCGGGUGAGCAGGCCUGGGGCUUCCAGUUCAUCCCAAAGGUGUUCAGUGGGUGUAAUGUUCAUGUGUCCAAAAAUAUUUGUUCAUAUAGUGCAUUUUAUAUGAAACAUUAGCACCUUUUUUUAAAAGCGUAGGCUAAUUUCAUAUGUAUGUGGUAAUGUCAAUGACAGUGGGAGGUUCAAUAAAAAAAUUAUCAGGAAAUAAAUACAUACAUAAAUUGAGCAACAAAGUUUCUGUGAUUAUUUCAAGUUCAAGUGAUUUUAUUGUCAUUUCAACCAUAUA